AUGCCAAUAAUGCAUAAUAAUGGUAAUGAUUCAUCGGUGAUGAUGAUGACAACGGAUCGUCAAACACAUCAACACUAUUUGCAACAACAAUCCCAUUAUGCUGUUACUGGUGGUGUUCAUAGUCCAAGGAAGAAUUUCUAUUCACAUCAGCAACAACAACAAGGUGUUCCAAUGAUGUCUCAUCCUUCUUCUUCUAUAAAGUCAAAAAAUCAAUCAUUUACAGACGAUGGUGUAACCAGUUUUAUUGAUUAA